AUGACCAUGACUUCCCCGGCGCACCGCCCCCCAGCCUCGAGCCUGUCGAUACCUCACGAGCAAGCACAGAGCGCCGCGCUCAAGGGCGCCUCCCUGGCGUUCCAGAAGCAGCUCGACGCCAACAAGAAGAAAAAGAAGAAGUCGUCGCCGCCCAGCGCCAACAACAAGCCCAUCUCCGACGGCGGCGCCCUCGUCGCCGCGACGUCGGCGGCCUCGCUCAGCAACCAGACUACGGGCGGCAGCAGCGUGGCGGAUCACGGCGUACCCGAGCAUGCAACCUUGUCCAACCGGCUGGCGCAGCUGCAGCAGCGGUCCGGCAGUCCCCAUCUGCGGCCGCCCGGGAGCGCCGGAGGGCCCCGUUCGGCGUCGUUUAUAGCCGCCACCUUGGCGGCCAGCAGGUCUUCGAGUCCCAGUCCGAGUCGGAAGAACAGUGUGGCCACGCCGCAGGGGCAGAGGAGGAGGGCGAGGGCGCACAGCAGAGCGUCGUCCGUCGGAAGUCUACAGUUGACGUCGCCGUCGAACCUGGGACCGAGUCCGGGACAGGGUGUGGACUCGGGUGGGUACGAUGGGGAGGUCGAUGCGGACUUGGAUCAAGAGGAGGACACUGGUUUCAGGAGACUUGGGAGAAGGAAGGUCGUGGCCGAGACGCCGACAUUCCCUGCCCGGGAGCAAAGUAGACGGCGAGAUGGUGACCCCGUCAAGAGCCCGUCUCCCGUCCGAGAUAGCGAGGUGCCUCAACCAAGGGGGAAAGUCAUAGAUCGGGUGCCAGAGCAGGAGGAGCCUGAAAGUCCAGUGCAGAAAGCGAGACCCAAGCUAAAGCCAAAGCCAAAGCCCAAACCGGAUAAAACAAUCAAGACUGAGCCUCGUGCAGCCCCUGAGUUGGUCGAAUCAAAGAGGACUGGGCCGGAUCCUGUUUCGGAACCCACGUCGCCAUCAAUCAGGCGAAUCAGUGCAAUACAGCCCAAACCAAAGGUGACCAGGGCACAGCCUGCGCGCGCACCAAUCAAAACCUACGAUUCACAAAAAGAGAUCCAGGUUCUCUCUCGGAUCAUCAUGCCCAAGGACGUGGAUGACAUUGAUUAUUGCGAUUUGACCUGGGACGGCACUCGUGACCCCCCCUUCAGAGAAAGAACCGACUCUAUAUCAUCUGAUGACACCUUCUUUUCCACAUCCUCUGGUCAAGGACGCCGCGCGCCGACACCACCGCCGCCACGAAGGGCACGUUCUGUCCGAGAAACUCCCAGCAGGCCCCAAAGCGCAGCCUCGCCCCCGUCGUCACAACAGCGACCCGUGAGCAGCCACUCCAGGCAGACGCCCACGGGUGCCAACAGGCCCUCCCUGGCCCUGGACUCGCUCACCAACGCCAUCGUGGCGAGCAGCCUGGCCUCGGCACGUCACGCGCCGGCCAGCAGGCCCCAAACGCCAGCUACCGUGCCGGUGCCCUCACGCAAACGCAACGACCGUCUGGCGCCGAACUUGACGGGCGGCGGGCUGAGCCGCAGUCAUAGUAGAUCACCGCCCAAGAAGCAGGGGAUGCUGACGACCCUGCGGGCGCCACAGUCAAAGUCUGACGACGAGGAGGCGCGCAAGUACAGGGAGCGGCACCGGAAACGCGGCCCACUGGGCGGCAAGAAGCAUGUCCAUCAUGAGGGUUCACGGCGUCGUUGGCGGGACUCUGUCACGGCUGAGGAGCGGCGGCGGUACGAGGCUCUGUGGGCCAGCAACCGUGGUCUUCUCUUACCUCCCAAAGAUGGCACCGGACAGCAGCAGCAGCAGCAGCAGCAGCCGCAGGAUCUGGUAGCCAACGUUAUUGUGCGUGAUCUCUGGAGCCGCAGCCGACUGCCGCAUGACGAGCUGGCCGAGGUGUGGGACCUGGUUGACCUAAACCGUCGGGGGUCGCUAUCCAAGGAGGAGUUUGUCGUGGGCAUGUGGCUCAUUGACAUGCGGCUACGGGGACGGAAAAUCCCGCCACGGGUGGGCCAGAGCGUCUGGGACAGUGUCAAGGGCCUGCGGGUUCCCCCGCCGGCCUAG